AUGUUUUGGUUUUCUUUGAAAUGUGCUCAAGGAAAAGAUGGUGGAGAACCAAAAAUAAUAACAGCCAGCGCUCUCAAAGAACGUGAAGUUAUGUAUUCGGAAUGUGGUGGGGUUCUACGGAGUCCAAAAGGCAUUAUUGCAACUCCUAACUUUCCUGACCCUUAUCCAGUUCCCAUCAACUGCAGGUGGGUAAUCGAGGCCCCAACUGAUAAAAUCAUAGCCAUAUACUUUACUCAGUUUUACAUGAGGGAAGGUCUGACUGUUACGGAGUACGCAUUUUUUUCAGAAACCUUGUACAUGGGAAAGAAAGAGUUCGGCAUGAUCAGUUCCGACAGAGAACCCACGUAUCUUGUGAGCAACAAACCAGUUCUUGUUCUUGAUUUCCUGGUCAGGGAAUCGGGAAAUAUUCACAUGAGGGUUCGUGAGUUUUUGCUGGAUGUUUUUGGAUUUAAUAUAACUUAUGAAAUUGUUGGAAGAAACGAGACGAUACGGAAAGAUGCCUGUAUCUACCACCACUGCUCAUUUACCGGUUCCUGUUUCUCGACUGCUUUCUUCAAAGGAUAUUUUUGCGCGUGCUUUGCUGACUUCUACGGCUCGGAGUGCCAAUACAACUCUGGUUGUGAACCAGGAAGUGAUACCACUUGCCAAAAUGGAGGGACAUGCAGGUACUACAUAGGAUCAACUGUAAAGAGCUGCGAAUGUCCACCAGGAUUUGAGGGAAUAAAAUGUGAAAAACGGAAAGAUGACAGAAAACUACUUGCUCAUUGCGCUACUUUGGGUUGCUCGCAAACCUGUGCUCUGACUAACCUCGGAGAUUACAAAUGUACUUGCCUAACAGGCUUUCACCUCACUGAAGACAAAAAGACUUGUGUCGAAAAAGGUAGAACCAGAUAUCUUGUCAGUUUCAAGCUCUACGAUCAAAAUGUGGAUCUUGCUCAUUUGGAUAACACCAGAUACAAUCAGCUUAAAAAAGGAAUUGAAAAUGCAUUACUACAAUUGUUCCAACCGAGACUGUACAAGACGGAAAACUUGACAGUGUUAAGCUUCCAACCAGGUGCUGUUGUCCAGUUCCACUUUUUUGGUGAGAAAGAAGACAGUCAUCAGGCGAAAAGCAUAAUGGAGGAGGCUCUGAAAGGAAGGUCCAUUGGAAAAUAUGCAGUCGAUCGGAAUUUUAUCAGUUAUGAAUGGGAACCAGCAUUAAGCAUACAGAGCAUAGAUGCUUCAGAGAAGAUGCCUGUUGUUGAAGGAUCAGAACUAAACCUCGCUUGCAUCACUCAAGGUUCAAGCGCAAUGCAAGUUCGCUGGUUUAAGGACGGACAAUCCAUAAAUACUCAAACUUCUUAUCGUUCAAUGUGGACUAAACUUAUUCCAAAAAACUCGAAGGACCAAUACACAGCAGUUUUGGGAUUCGAAAAGGCAAAUGUUUUAGACUCAGGGGAAUUUACUUGUCAGGUAUCUGACUGGGGCAUAAUCCAGAAUAAAAGCAUAAGUGUGUCCGUUGUGACAGUACCGCAACCAGAUGUCAUGCCUCUAACAUCCACAGUCAGCCAAGGAGACCGAGUUGUCAUCACAUGCUUGUCAAGGGAGGACAUGUUUGGCAACUUCGGUUACAAUUGGCUGAAAAAUGGUCGGAUACUGAAUCCUUCCGUUGAGCCUGAGAUGGUGGAGGAUUUAUUUCCGGCCGGAAGUCGGCUAUUAAUUCACUCUGCAAGAGCCUCUUCCACCUACACUUGCAUUAUUACGAGCACUGCAGGUGCGACGAGAAAAGAUAGCACCGUUACUGUCAUCAUGUCAAAAGUAAGUACUCCAACUUGUCCUCCAGAGAAAUAUAUGGAAGUUCGUUGGGCUGUAACUGCAGCAAAUACGGAAGAUAUUCAGUUUUGCCCGAAAGGUUACACGGGGGAAGUUAGGAGGCAUUGUAGUUUGAAGAAUGACAAUGAAGCAAUUUGGAGUGAGCCUGAUUACUCUAGAUGCUUAUCUCGAGAAUUUCUUGCAAUUAAAGAAAAGUUUGAGAGUCUCCGGAUGGGAUAUUUGAUCACGGAAGUGGGUUUCUUGAUGCUGGAGUUAAAGUCAUAUUUAUGGAAUAUGAGGGAUCGGUUCCAUAUUGCUGAGGGAGAGCCUGUUGUGGAUCUGCUUGAAGGUCUGCACGAUUAUCAAAGGAAACACGGAAGAAAUGAUGAAAGUCAAUUUAAGAACAACUCUCAGGUUUUCCUGGAUAUCGUUUCUUUCUUGCUAGAUUCACCUCAGCUGAUUCAGAAGCAGUCCCAUGUUAUUAAACUACAUCAACAAAUACUCAGCCAUGGCCUUCUGCACGGAUCCUCGCUAAACAGUGAUGCUUUCCACAUCUUUCAAAGAUCUGCCCUAGUUUUAGAAGUUGGCCAGGUACAAAAUGAAGGGCAACGAUGCUUGAAAUUUCCAACACAGAGAGCUACGAGGGAAAUAAAGGAGUAUCCUCCACCAUUAUGGCUUACAGAUACGGUUGAGCUUGAUUUUAAUACCUGGAUCAUUGAGAACAUACAAGAAUUGAAUGAUUCUAUUAGCAUAGCUGUUGUCUUUUACAAGAAUUUUUCAGCGUUCCUACCUCAAAGAUUUUUAGCUCGUCAAGGAUAUGGCUAUGGCUCUAUUUUGAACAGAGGUUUGGACAUGGAAUACCAACUGCAUUCCAGACUAGUUGCAGUCGCUAUGCAGACUGGACAAAGAAGAAUGGGCUCUAGGUCAUCCAGACUGAAGGUUAAAGCCAGACUUGCUCAUCUUAACCAUACCGUGAAUCACCAGAUUAUGUGGAAUAUAUCUUGUGGUGUUGCUGAUUUUUCUCAAGGGAAUGUUCAAUUUUCUAUGGAAGGAUGUGAACCGGUUCAAACUGGAAAUUAUUCUCUGUGCCAAUGCAGCCAUGUUGGUACUUAUGCAGUUUUGCUCACCACAUAUGCUCAGCAGGAGGAUUUGCACUUUCAAGAUGGGUUUGAUGUAAUUGCAGGAAUUGGAUGCGCCAUUUGUGCCUUUUUUGUCUGUUUGACAUUUUUUAUUCUCAUAGUUCUGUGGAGAAAAAUCAGCGGUGCCAUUACAGCCCUAAAAAUUCAAGUCUGCAUUGCUUUGGUCGGAGCUUAUGUUACGUUUCUUAAAGCCCUGCAUGAGUCUCUUACAAAAGAAUACUACCCUUACAUUAUAUCUGUCAUCCAGUUUUUCCUGUUGGCGGCUUUUUCCAUGCAGCUGUGCUUGGGUCUUACCGUCUAUAUGGAGUUUAUUGACAUGAAAGGUGUUCGAUACCCAGAACUGAAACUGGCUACAAUGGGUUGGGCAAUACCAAUGAUUGUUGUUGGAGCCACAUUGGCAGCUCAAGUACCAGAGGGAUUUAAACUUAACAGCUGGUGGAUACAGAUGCAGACAAACUACUUCUAUGCAUAUUCUGCUUCCGUAGCUAUAAUAACAAUACUCCAGAUUAUGUUAGUCACCACCGUUAAGUCAGAAUUGAAGAUACACAAGAAGUUAGAAAUGUCAAAGCACUCAAAAACAGGAAACAGGUCACGUUUGUUGAACAGAUCCCUGGUAAUUAUUUUGUUCCUUAUUAUGGCUUCCGUCUCAAGCAUCAUGUACAUAAAUUUUGAAGAUGACAUUUAUAAAUAUGCCUUCUGCGCCAGCUCUGGUACUCUAGGAUUUGUGAUAUUUCUUUGCUACACUAUAUGCAGUGAAAACGCUCAUUCAAUGUGUUCUUCAAGCCAUUCAAUUGAAGAUGACGACGAAAAACAGGAACCAAGAAUAAAGACAAGAAGUGGAUCGUUUCAAAGUUUUUUGAAACCUGAAAUUGUAAGUGACACAUUUUGUAGCAGCAAAAUGCCUGAUACUAUAGAAGUUGACGUAAGAAUGGAAAAGCUUCGUAAAUUGCGUUUUCAAAUGUGCCCUGACGAAAUCGAGUGGAAAGAAGUAGACCAUCUUUUAGCAGAGAAGUCAGCCGCAGCAGCUUCCAUCGUCAGAGAUUUCACCGUUCAUCAUCAAAGAUCCCCCCUUGUAGUUUCACGGCCAAAGGACUUAGAUUCUGGAAAAGAAUCAUGCGAAACCGUGGUUGUGUCUGACGAUACGCAUUGGGAAACUAAACAGGGAACAGAAGACCCUUUAUCACCUGGAUUUGAAUUGCAGCAAUUAGAUGAUAGCCCCCGAAGCAGCCAACUGCAUAUCAAAGACGUACAUGACAUGGGACCAGAUGGCCAAGAGUCGGAAUCGCAGUUCUUUGAGCUUGGGGGAAUGAGAGAAACACCUCCUGAUAUAUUGGAUUCCACAAAGCAGGCUUUUAUAACCAUAAAUACCUCCAGCCAGCAGCUUAUUAGCAAUCCUUGUUUAACAACUUUCUGUGGUAAAGGAGAAGUUAUUGGAGAGCAAUGUCUUAUUACUACAAGAAAACCUGCUUCGUCAGAUCAAAGUGCCUUAAUGAAUGAAGGACUGAGGACUAGUUCUUAUUCAACAUUUCGACCACCUAAUAAUACUUUUCAAACAUCUUUCCUUGAAGUACGUAACAACAAAGAUAACGAAGCAAAAGUUGCAACUCCUUUUCUUCAAAGUAGUGAUCAUAUUGACGUGCAAAAAACCCAGUCCAGAACAUCGUCCCCCUCUUUAAAAAGUAAGGUGUGUGAAAAGCCUCCGCCCAUGCUCAAAGAUCCAGACAUAGGGGAUGAACCCAUAAUAGUGCCAGAACAAUCUUUAAAAAAGAAGAUCAUUGGAUUGCAAGUAGCCACUCCUGUGGUACCAACCCUUGAAAAGGAAUCCUCAGGUAGCUCAGCAGAUGCUCAGAAUAAGAAAGGAUGGAGUAUUACAACUGUGUAGAAUAAAAUGUUGUCAAUACAAAUUUUUUUCGCAUUUCUUGUAAUAAAACAAAUCUAUAAA